UAUUUACCAAUAGAAAUCAAGCCGAAGGAGCCAAAAUGAAACCUUUCCACUUGCUUUGUUUCUCCUCUAUAUUUCCGCAGCCUUGAUCUUGACAAUCUGUCAUCAAAUCAACGGAACCGUGUCUACGACCUUAUUCAAAUCAACGAUCGUCAACGUCUUCAUCAACGACGAAAAGGGCGAGAUUCAAAGAUGCAACAUUGAAGUGAUCUGUCUCCGUGCAUUGGAGUUGUUAUUGAAAUUGCUCAACAGGCAUUGGGUUUCACUUGUUUCGAGUAAAAAUGGAGUCGCAACCACCAAUUAGGUUUACGCUAGGGAGACAGUCGUCAAUGGCGCCGGACCGGGUUUCGGGUUCCGAUUCGGAAGAAGAAGAGGUAGAUGGAAUGGAUGCGAUUGAUCCUAGGGUUAGGUUGAUGUUUUUUUCAAGUGAGGGUAAUUUGGAUGGGAUCAAGGAGCUUUUAAACUCAGGAACUGAUGUUAAUUUUCAAGAUAUCGAUAAUCGAACUGCGUUACAUGUGGCAGCUUGCCAAGGGUUUUGUGAUGUUGCCGAAUUGUUGUUGGAAGGAGGUGCAGAAGUUGAUGUCAAAGAUCGAUGGGGUAGCACUCCUCUUGCAGAUUCAAUCCAUUACAAGAACCAUGACAUGGUCAAACUUUUGGAGAAACAUGGUGCCAAACCUCUCAUGGCUCCAAUGCAUGUCAAAAAUGCUCGUGAAGUUCCCGAAUAUGAAAUUAACGCUAAAGAACUUGAUUUUACAGAUAGUGUCAACAUUACUAAGGGUACAUUCACCAUAGCUUCAUGGCGUGGAACAAAAGUUGCAGUAAAAAAACUUGGAGAUGAACUUUUUACUGAUAAGGAGAAAGUGAGGGCUUUUAGGGAUGAGCUUGAAUUACUUCAAAAGAUUCGACAUCCAAAUGUGGUUCAGUUUUUGGGUGCUGUAACUCAAAGUAGUCCAAUGAUGAUCAUAACCGAAUAUUUACCAAAGGGUGAUCUUCGUCUGUUUUUGAAGAGAAAAGAAGCACUAAAGCCAUCAACGGCUUUGAAAUUUGCCAUGGAUAUCGCAAGGGGGAUGAACUAUUUGCAUGAAAAUAAACCCGAACCGAUUAUUCACAGGGAUCUAGAGCCUUCGAAUAUUCUGCGGGCUGAUUCUGGACAUCUAAAAGUUGCAGACUUUGGAAUCAGUGAGCUGUUCAAAGUCAAAGAUAACGUCAAACAACAAAAGCUCAUGACAUAUCAUGACACUACAUGGAGAUAUGUUGCUCCAGAGGUAUUUAGAAACGAAGACUAUGAUACCAAAGUGGAUGUUUUCUCAUUUGCCUUAAUUUUACAAGAGAUGAUUGAAGGCUGCCAACCAUUUUUCACGAUGGAUGAAAAAGAUGUUCCGAAAGCAUAUGUUACAAAUGAACGCCCUCCAUUUAAUGCUCCAUCAAAGAGUUAUGCUCAUGGGCUUAAAGAGUUGAUUGAACAAUGUUGGCAUGAGAAUCCUAAUGAGAGACCAACAUUUAGGAACAUAAUUCCUCGAUUGGAAUCGAUCUUUUAUUCUAUAAAUCGUAGGAGGCGUUGGAAGGUUCGACCAUUGAAGUGGUUUCAGAAAAUGGAGACGAUGUGGAAGAAAGAAGAUUCUGAAAGAAGUAGUCGUGAUCGAUCAUCUCACAUCUAAAUGGUCAACAUGCUAUAAAAUGGUCAACAUGCUAUAAAAUGGUCAAAAUUCAUGGAAGAUAAAGAAGGGUUUAUGAUUACUUGAAACUAUUGAGCAAUGUGUAUUCUUACUACACGGUUUUUGUAUCUUUUGUUGUUUAUAGUUUCAUCAUUUAUGUCUAAUUUGUUGCAAAAAUGGAUGGUUGUGGAUAUUGCUCAAAGAUGUAAUAGAUUGAGCAUGAGUAUUGUUGUGGUUGAAGGUUAAAGAAUUAAACUAUUCUCUAGAAA